AGUUGAUGGACUACACUAUUAAGCAAAAUGAUGUUGUUGCUAAGGCAUUCAAGAAUGCUCCAAAUAAUAAUCAAAUGUUGUCUCCCAAAAUUCAGAGAGAUAUUACCGAGUGCUUUGCAAAAGAAGUACUAGGCCAUGUGAUGAAAGAAAUUGGUAAUGGUGUGUUCAGCUUAUUAGUUGAUGAGUGUAGGGAUGUUUCCGACAAAGAACAAAUGGCGGUUGUUCUCCGAUAUCUUGAUAAGUGUGGACUGGUCCAAGAGAAGUUUGUUGGUGUUGUUCAUGUGGAGGAGAUAACAUCUUCUUAUCUCAAGUCUUGCAUAGAUUUAUUAUUUUCACAACUUGGGCUGAAUCUUGAACAAGUUAGAGGCCAAGGUUACGAUGGAGCAAGUAAUAUGUCUGAUAUUCGAGGUCGGAGAUUUCUUUGAUAUGGUUUCAGUUUUGCUGAAUGUCGUGGGCGCGUCUUGCAAGAGAAAAGACCAACUUCGUGAGCAUCACCAAGAAGAAGUGAGAAAAGCAAUAGGAUGUGGAGAGAUUGCUACGGGGACUGGACUGAAUCAAGAAUUAUCUCUUCAAAGACCAGGUGACACUCGAUGGAACUCCCAUUAUAAAACAUUGUUGGGUUUGUCAAAGAUGUUCUCGUCGGUGGUUAAAGUUCUAGAAUAUGUUGAGAAAGAUGGCACAGAUACUGGAAAGAGGCGUCAAGCUAGAGGUCUUCUCAAAUAUUUCCAGACUUUUGAUUCUGCAUUUUUCUUACAUAUGAUGAUGAUGAUAUUAGCUUUAACAAAUGGACUAUCAAAAACCUUACAGAGAAAGGAUAAAGACAUUGUAAAUGCUAUUUCAGAUGUGGAAUCAACUAAACGGGAGUUAGAAAAGCUCAGAACCAAUGAAGGGUGGGAUUCUCUUAUGAGGAAGGUAUACUGUUUCUGUGAGAAACAUGACAUUCCAGUACUGGACAUGGAAGACGCCUAUGUUAACCCAAAGAAGCCAAGACAAAAGACCGGUAUUAACAAUGAACAUUAUUACCGUGUUGACUGUUUCUUUGCUGUUCUGGAUCUGUUAGGAGAAGAGUUUAAUGACAGAUUUAAUGAGGUAAAUUCUGAGUUGCUUCUAUGCAUGUCUGCUUUGAGCCCAAGUGAUUUAUUUUCUCGUUUUGACAAGGCGAAGUUGCUGAAAUUAGCUAAGCAUUAUCCCGAUGACUUUAAUCACCAAGAUAUGGUGACUCUUGAGCAUGAACUUGGUCUCUACAUAGAUAAUAUACUCCAUGAUACAAGGUUUUCUAGCUUGGACAAAAUAGGUGAUCUAGCUAAACUGAUGGUGGAUACAAGGAAGCACCUCUCCUAUCCUUUGGUAUAUCGGCUUUUGAAGCUAGCUUUGACUCUUCCUGUUGCCACUGCCACUGUUGAGAGAUGUUUUUCAGCUAUGAAGAUUGUGAAGAAUGCUUUGCGUAACAAAAUUGGUGAUGAUUAUUUGAGCCAUAGCCUAAUUUGCUUUGUGGAAAAGGGACUGCUGGACGAAAUUACUAAUGAAGUGAUUGUUGAUCGUUUUCAUAAGAUGAAAGAUCGUCAUGGGAAGAACGAAAUGUAAAGAUCCAAUGCCAUACACCUUUUGUGUGUUUACCAUCUCCAUUUGUAUUUUAAUGGCUAAUACUAAUAUGUGUUUUUUCUUCACAGAUAACGGCAUUUAUAUUAGAAAUGAAUAUUCUCUUUUGCAAAGCAUGAACUGUUGGGAUAUGAAGUCUUUUUGUAGGCUCUGAUCACCUUAGUGUUAACUUGUUGUGUUACUAUUGUCUAUUGGAUAAUGUAUCUUUUUCGAACUUGGAUGAAAUAUGUUAUGACUUGCAAGAAAAUUGCUAAAUAUAGCAUAUUUACAUGUUUAUAAGCCUAUGUGUAAACAUGUUCGAGAGUUUUCUAUCGCUGUGUGCCCCCAGUCGGUUUUUCUCCUGGGUCCGCCCCUGAACAGAGCGGGUAGUUGGA